AGGUAUAAAAGCCUCGUCUAACGUCAUUCGUGCGAGUUUUGGAGCUUCAGUAGGUACUGAUAGGGAUAAUAUACUCAAGGAAACAAUGCAUUCAGCAUGAAACCUGUGUAUUUAUUUAUGGUCGUUUGUCUACAGCUGAUUGCGACCAGAAUUGUAGACAGUAAUAACCUGGAUGUAAGUGAUAUCAGACUAGCUGAUGGCAGUGGACCUUUCGGCGGGCGUGUAGAGAUUCAGAUAGAUGGAGUCUGGGGCACUGUGUGUGACAGGGACUUCCACAUUAAUGAUGCCACAGUGAUGUGCAGAAUGAUGGAUCUUCUUCCUACUGCAUACUUUAGUGGAGCAUAUUUCGGCCGAGGUGUUGGACCUGUAUUUGUUCAGGAAUUUAAUUGCUAUGGAUACGAGACGCAUCUUCGAAACUGUGGAUUUGAGUCCAACGUAUUUUGUUCUUCACAUUCAAGAGACGUUGGGAUAAUCUGUUCUGAAUGUGGACAAAUAAGCGUAAGUCAUGGAAAAAUCGUCUCAAUAUCAGGAGAUGGAACUAUUCUCACAAUAGCAUGUGAUACUGGAUAUGAAAUCGAUACAAACAAGAGUAUUUGUCAAAAUGGAAGUUGGUCACCUUCUUCGUUAGCAUGUACAACAAAUGGGUAUCCUUUAAACAUCUCCGGAAUUCGACUUGAAAAUGGUCUUGGCAUAUCUGAUGGAAUAGUGGAAAUUCUUGUGAAUGGUACUUGGGGUACUAUAUGUAGAAGUUACUUCUCGAGUAAUGAGGCAAAUGUCAUUUGCAACAUGCUUGGAUUUCUCGAUGUCUACACGUAUAGUCUAUACGGUUACUACGGUUUCGGCCAAGGCCCAGUACUCAUUGAUAAUCUUGUCUGCGAUGGAACGGAGUCUCAUAUCAAUCAGUGCACAUAUGAUGUUGUUCAGGCAUGCAGUUCUUAUCGUUAUUACCGUGCCGAAAUUAGUUGUAAACAUCCUUUAAACGUUACUGAUAUACGGUUGGUAGAGGGAACCGGACCAUACGACGGCCGUGUUGAAAUAUACAGUAACGGUCUCUGGGGAACUGCUUGUCGUCGCCAUGGCUACGGUUUUGAGGAAGUGGAGACGUUUUGUAGAAUGCUGAAUUCAAAUUUUACGUUAUAUUUCAACACUCCUGUGUAUGGUCAAGGAAAUGGUCCUAUACUUGUAGGACGUGUAGACUGUGACAAAGCCGAAAAUGAUAUCAGCGACUGCUCGUAUUAUCCUCCUUAUAAGACCUAUUGCAGUCAUUACUAUGAUUUGACCCUUGUUUGCACACCUUGUGGACAAAAAGACAUCGCAAAUGGAAACAUGGAAUCAGUGAAUGGGUCUGAUAUCAUAGUAAAAUGUGAUGUCGGAUACAAACCUGACAGUUAUAUAAUAACGUGCUUGAGUAAUGGAACAUGGCUUCAGGAGGAAAAUUGUUCAUUACCAUAUGAAUACCCACUUAAUAUCGAUAAUAUACGACUGGCUAAUAGCUAUAUACACUCAGAAGGACGUGUUGAAAUCAUGGUAAAUGGGACAUGGGGUACAAUAUGUGAUAACAACUUUGACAUCAAAAGUGCGAAUGUAACUUGCCAUAUGAUAGGACUGACGGUCCUACAUUAUUACACAAAUGCUUUCGAGUUUGGUCAAGGUAGUGGCCCUGUCUACAUAGAUAACUUAAACUGUACUGGAUUUGAAUCUCACAUUAACAACUGCACUUAUGACGUUGAUAACAAGUGUACACAUCGAGAUGACGUGUCCGUUAUAUGUACAGGAUACCAGCUGAACAUAACAAAUAUUCGCUUAGCCGGAACAUCGGGGCCUUACCACGGACGUGUUGAAUUAGAGGUCAAUGGUACUUGGGGAACAGUGGGAGAUGAUUAUUUUGGGACGUACGAGGCACGGGUAGUAUGUCGCAUGCUUGGGCUUGGAUAUAGGUCUAGGCUAAAUGGUGCAUAUUAUGGACAAGGUUCUGGACCUAUACUUGUUGAUCGGCUAGAUUGUCCAAGUUCUGCAACGCAUAUCAACCAAUGCAAAUAUUCAGUAGAUAAUUACUAUAACACCCAACAUAAUGAAGAUGUCUCCGUCAUUUGCUGGGGACCUCCAUUAAAUAUCACGGAAGCAAGACUUGCAAAUGGAACUGACCAAUAUGAUGGGCGUGCCGAAAUAAAAGUUAAUGGCACGUGGGGCACUAUUUGUGACAGUAACUUCGAUAUGUUUGGGGCAGACUUAUUUUGUAACAUGCUUGGUCUAAGAGCUGCGCGAUAUUUUACUGGGGCAUUGUAUGGUGAAGGCAGUGGACCAAUAUUCAUUGACCAACUAUAUUGUGACCAGAAUGAUGCAGACUUAAGUAGCUGCCAGUAUUUGUUUCUAAAUGAGUGCACUCACGACAGAGAUAUUUCUGUUGUUUGCAAUGAAUGUGGACAACCAGAUAUCUACUAUUGGGACACCGGUUACUUCAGCUAUAACGGCUCUAUCUUGUAUGCUGAUUGCUCCUACUAUAGAACUUACGUCGGUACACUUCAACUGACGUGUGACAACAGCACAAACACGUGGAUAAAGGAAGGAGAAUGUGAAGAAUAUAGUUUUCCUUUAGAUAUAUCUGAAAUAAGGCUUGUUGACGGACCUAGGUCAACAAAUGGAAGAGUUGAAAUCAAGUCUUUAGAUACCUGGGGGACUAUAUGCGAUCAUUAUUUCGGAAUGGAAGAGGCAAACACUAUAUGUAGCAUGAUUGGUUACCCUCCCGCAGCUGGGUUCUACAUAUCAGCACAUUACGGCGAAGGUACUGGACCAAUAUUUGUGGAUGACCUAAGCUGUGAAGUAAAUGCAUCUCAUAUUAACAACUGCACCUACGAUACAUACGACAACUGCAACCAUGGGAACGAUAUAUCCGUUAACUGCACAGAAUGUGUACAUCUGAAGGUGGACAAUGGAUUUCUUAACUCUACAGCGACAAACUAUGGUGCAGUUGUUCUAGUUAGCUGCGACAGAGAUCAUAAACUAAUCGGCAAUUCGGACAUAAUCUGCCAGGUGGAUGGCUCAUGGAGCGAUAUGCCAGUAUGUUCUAUUAUAGAUUGUGGGGAUCCUACACCGGAACACGGCUCAAGUAAUGCAACUAGCACUAUAAAUGGAACGAUCGUUUCCGUCGAGUGUGAAGAGGGUUAUGACAUGGUUGGUGACGACAUUAUCAGUUGUCAGGAAAAUGCUUCAUGGACGGCUGUUCCAGUGUGCAAAAUAAAAGAUUGUGGAUAUCCUAGUGUACCAUAUACAAGCGUCUCAUUACCAAAUAACAAAACAACAUUUGGUGAGACAAUUUUAAUAAGUUGUUGGACUGGAUAUACUCUCACUGGAAGUCCUACUGUGACAUGCCUUUCAAACGGAAACUGGGAAAUGAUGCCAUCAUGUAUUAUUGUGGACUGCGAAGAUCCAACUCCAAUCAAAGGUUCCGUAGACAAAAACGAAACAAAAUUUGGCACAGUCGUGGAAGUAUCUUGCGAUCCUGGAUAUGAUAUCACAGGAAACUCAACAAUUAUUUGCCAGGAUGAUGGAACAUGGUCUGAUCAUCCCGUCUGUGAUGCUUCAGACUGUGGUUUGCUGUCCGUGCCAAAUGGUAAAGUCAACGAUUCCCAAGGGACUACGACAGGAUCAGUUGCUGUAAUUGAAUGUGAUGAAGGCUAUGAUAUUAAGGGUACACAAUUUGCCACAUGUUUAGACACAGGAACCCGUGCUAGGUGGAAUUACUCGGUUGAAUGCGAAAUACAGGUGUGUGAUAACCCUAAGCCUGACAAUGGGCAAAUAUCUAAAACUGACGGUACAGAUAUCUAUGUGUUUGAAACUUACGCUGAAAUAGAAUGCAACACCGGGUACAAACUUUAUGGUGACAAUGUGAUUACUUGUGAAGCUGGAGGUGUGUGGAGUGACAAUACAACUUGUAUGAUAUUUGAUUGUGGAUCUCUUUCGGCACCUACGAAUGGAACCAUGGAUUCUCAGGGGACAAAAUACAACGAUGAAAUAAAAUUUAGCUGCAAUGAAGGAUUCUUGCUUGUUGGCGAAGAGAAUUCCAUAUGUGGAGAAACAGGAGAAUGGAGUAACGAUACCCCAGAAUGUGUUGUUAAAUCUGACGUCGGUGGUUCCUGUAUUAAUGAAGAUUAUUGUCUACUAGCGGGUUCUCAGUGCAUUAACUCUGUUUGCACGUGUACCACUGGAAUUUAUGAUGACCGCACAAAGAAAUGUGACACAAUGCCCCUGAUGCCAUUUGGUGAAGACGUGGGCGAUAUUUUGGUAUCAAAGAGAGCACAUUGUGGUCCGAAAGUAUCAUUUGAGCCCGGACUUCCGGUGUUUGACAAGAUGCACACAGAUUUGUAUGUUUGUGCGUCUGGACUUGUUAGCUUUGAUUCACCAUUUGCCUACCCGACACCUCCUGCCAAUAAACUGAGCUUAGUUAGUCUUGGCCAACAGAGGACCAUACUCGCACCAUUCUUUGGACCGAGAGAUAAAAGGGAGUCAGAACUAUUGAGGUUCAGAUCAUAUGACAUUCUUAACUCACAUAAGAAAAUGGAAAAGGAUUCUGACCUAAUUUUGUACAUAGAGACUAUCGUCGAAAAAUUUGAAAAUCUUACUUCGUAUGAUGCUAGUUUUGUUUUGAUUGCAACAUGGUACAAAAUGAAAGCAAUAGGAAGUGGAUAUGACAAAACAAAGACAUCUACAUUUCAAGUGGUUUUAACUUCAAAUGGGAAGUCCACAUAUGCAUUUUAUAUUUAUGGAAAUGGUAUGAUGCAAUGGGUCAACAACUUGUCAACAAGUCCUAAUGUGUGGGUUGGAUAUACCGUAAAUUCUAUCACCAAAACGCAUCCUUAUUCUUUUACAAAUGCAGCUUUGCAGAUGGAUUCGAAGCUUACGUCUUUAUCCGCCAAAAAAGCGGACCUAGAUGUAGCUGGACUGAUUUUUAUUCCACUGAAUUCGCGAGUUAAACAACACGACAAUCAUGCUGUUGACUGCAUUAGAUGGUAUAAUGCGAACCAUAAAGACAAGAAAAGACUUGAUUACAUUGCCAGCUUGACGCCAGAAUGUCCGUGUGAUAUACGUUUAUCACGUUUUGAUCCUUGGUUUUGGCGGAUUGGAUUAUUUAGAUGGCGCCACGAUUUAAGAUAUAAAUGUGUUGAUAUGCUACACGUGGGGAACUUCGGACAUUAUGGGAAGUCCUGUUGUUACGAUUUGACAACUUGGCUCUGGGUAUACGAAAGACCACUGGCAGGCAGUUUUCAGCUGUAUAACCCACGCCAUCCCUUAGAACACAAAGUAAAUGAUGUCCAACCAAAGGAAAAAUGUUGUGUUUUGUCGAAAUAUUGUAAUCUCUACUACGAAUUAAGACCGACUGGAAGCUGUUAUAGAACAUCACCAUACAAUUUUGGAACAUUCUGGGGAGAUCCGCAUUUCACUACACUAGAUGGAUUGAAUUUCACUUUCAAUGGGCUUGGAGAGUACACACUUUUACAAAUAAACACAGGCAAUUGCUCUUUUGAUCUGCAAGCUAGGACAGAAAGAGCUAUUAAAGGAAAUGGAAAUUUGUCUGAUGCCACAGUUUUUACAGCGUUUGCUGCGAAAGAUUCAAAUACUACAUCUGUACAUGUCGAGCGCAAUAACGAACGAACAGGAGUUAACUUGUAUGGAAACAAGGUGGAUCUGACAGACCAGUAUAACUCAAAUACAGAUGAAACUGACCCAUUUUCAUGGUCUUCUCAGGACGAGAAGUUGACAAUUUCUAAACAAAAUGGCAGUGUAAACGUCUUCUUCCCCGCUUGUAAUGUAUCUCUUAUAAUAUCAAUUGGUGUCGAAAUGCUUUCUUUGAGCACGUUUGUUCCUGAAAAUCUUAAAAAUCUAACGAAAGGACUUCUCGGAAAUUACAAUGGUGAUCCAAGUGAUGACUUUGCAAUGCCGAAUGGAACGGUCUUAAAGCCAAACCUUACGGAAAGAGAAAUUUUUGAAUACGGAAAAACAUGGACAAUAAAUCCGAACAACUCCGCAUUUGUCUAUGAUGAUGGGAAAUCCCAUUUUGAUUUUCACAACAAUUCGUUCGUACCGAGAUUUUUAGACGUAGCUGACCCUAAGCUCAGAGCAAAAGCAACCGAAAUAUGCAAUGGUCCCGAGAAUACAGAGUGUGUAUUUGACUAUGUUUCCACGGAGAAUCGAAACGUUGCAGAGAAAACUAAACAGGUCAAAGGGCAGGCAGAAGAAGACAAAAAAGAAAUUGAGGAGACUGUGCCGUUACUUGAAGGAUGUUCAACUGUUAAUGUGACAAAAGGACAGAGUGCAACGUGUAAAAUAAGCUUCGAAGCUGGUGAUAAAGUACACAUUAAUUCAACCAAAGUUCGCGCUGAAUUUGACCAGAUGUCUUCUACUGUUACAUUUGUUCCGGAAACAGAUGAGCCUGUCUCGAUUCGAGUAGCGGCAGAAAACGAGAACGGUCGACUUUCUCCGGAUUUUUCUGUGAGUAUAUUACUGUGUACGGCGUGUAAUGGACAUGGUGUGUGUACUGGUGUUCCAAGGAACGAUCCACGAGAAAACGAGUACUUUCGUUAUUCCACAUGUGAAUGUGACCCCGAAUAUGAAGGACCUGAUUGUGAACGAGUGUUUGACGGUUGUGCGACGAAGCCAUGCUCAUUAGACAGAAGCUGCACGAGCUUAACGGCGGAACAACAAAAGAUGCAAAAUAGAUCAUAUAUAUGUGAGCAAUGUCCUGAUGGCUUUGAGGACGACGGCGAGGAUGGAUGCAUUGAUAUAGAUGAGUGUGCUGUCAGCAACGGCAAAUGCGAACAUAACUGUACAAACACAGACGGAAGUUUUGAGUGUACAUGUAAAGAUGGAUUUAGAGUUAACAGCAGAGACACGUUGAAAUGCAAAGAUAUAAAUGAAUGUGAGGAGGCGAUACACAACUGUGACCAAUUAUGUAAUAAUACACAAGGCGGCUUUAUCUGCCAGUGUUACGCCGGUUAUAGAUUUAAUACAACAUUAUGGUCAUGUAUUCAGAUAUCGGACGGUGUAUGUGAUAAUUCGAAAAAGAUUGAGUGCUCAAAAACACAUGGUUGCACCAGAAAAGACACUGUUCCGGUUUGCUUCUGCAAAGACGGGUAUGAGUUAGACGAAACUGGGAAAAACUGCAAAGAUAUUGAUGAAUGUGGUAGAGGAAUAUGUCCACAAGGUUGUGUCAAUACAAAUGGUAGUUUUCAAUGCACGUGUAUUACUGGUUACCGUUUGGAAGGGGUUGCAACAUGCACAGAAUGUGAUGCACUUCACUGGGGAGACAACUGCGAACAAGACUGUAUUUGUACUGGUCAAGGGGCGGAUAGAUGUGACCCAGUUAAAGGAUGUGUAUGUGAAGAUGGUUGGUAUGGCGAUAGGUGCAAUGAUGAUAUAAACGAAUGUGAAUCGGACCAUCAGGCGUGCAAUGAUUCGAGAACAAUGUGUGUCAAUAGCGUAGGAUCAUACACCUGUGAAUGUAGAGCUGGAUUUCACAAAACAGAUGAAGGAGACUGCAAAGAUACCGACGAAUGUUCAGAUCCACAGCUGAAUAAUUGUAUGCAGAAAUGCACAAAUACACUUGGAGGUUAUUCUUGUGGAUGCAGAGACGGAUACACGAAAAUAGACAAAUGGUCUUGCAAGGAUAUAGACGAAUGCGAGUUAGGUACAUCUGGCUGUGAACAGAGAUGUGUGAAUAACCAAGGCCGUUACAGCUGUUUUUGUCACAUUGGAUAUAGCAUUAACGAUGAUCGAAGAACAUGUAGGAAACGUUCAGACCCUUGCCUGUCCAUGUAUAAUCUCACCUGUUCGCAUUUCUGCCUGCCAGAAGUUGACCAUGCAGUAUGCGGCUGCAGAAGUGGCUACAUUCUUGGACCUGACAGUGUAUCGUGCAUUGAUAUCGAUGAAUGCAACGAUGAGGAUAAAAACAAGUGCAGCGAAGACGCUAAAUGUACAAAUACAGACGGAUCAUUUUUGUGUGAAUGUCCAGGUGGUAAACAGUUGGAGAAUGACGGACGAACAUGCACAGAAUGUGACGACUACCACUAUGGACGGAACUGUUUGCAGACAUGUAGUUGUUUAAAUGGAAAUUGUGACAAGAGAACAGGUUGUGUUUGCAAUCCAGGAUGGGCGGGUACCCGUUGUGACACCGAUAUAGAUGAAUGCUCUACAGAACAAGUUGUAUGUCUAAAGGAAAAUUCCGUUUGUGUAAAUGUUAUUGGAAGCGCCAUUUGCUCCUGUGGAACAGGAUAUCAAAACCUGUCUGGAGUUUGCCAAGAUAUUGAUGAGUGUAAUGAAAUUAAAAAGAAUGACUGUGACCAAAUAUGCAUCAACACAGAAGGGAGCUACACGUGCUCUUGUCAACGUGGUUUCUUUCUGGAUGGAAAAUGUUCAGAUAUUGAUGAAUGCGCUGGAAAUCAUGGUUGUGAUCAAAUUUGUGAAAACACCGUGGGAAGCUAUAAAUGUUCGUGUGAGGGGGGUUUCCGGCUUAGCUUAAAUGAUCGGAAAACAUGUUUACCGGAACAGGAAUGCAGCGAAGAUCAAAGCAAGACUUGUCCAAAACGAUCAACAUGUUUUGUUGAAAAUGGUGAAGUAAAUUGUACAUGUUUGAAAGGCUAUCAAGGAGAUGAUAUUUGUAAUGAUACAGACGAGUGUAUGGCCACUUCAGAUACAUGUUUGCACAAUUGUUUUAACACGGAGGGAAGCUUUAUUUGCAGCUGUGAUGUUGGAUUUUUCCUCCUAGAAGACAAAGUUACAUGUAAAGAAUGCGAAAGAUGGAAGUUUGGUGAUAACUGUAGCCAAGCUUGCUCUUGUAAGCAGCGUCAUACAGAAACAUGUGACUCGGUAAAUGGGAAAUGCACAUGUAAAUCAGGAUGGGGCGGAGCCACGUGUGAUGAGGACGUCGACGAAUGUAACGAUGAUAUGGUUUGUCCGAAGAAAUCUUUUUGUAAAAAUACAAACGGAAGUUUCGAUUGUAAAUGUCUGAAGGGCUACUACAAAACUGGGAGCAAAGAAUGUGAAGAAUGUGAUUUUCGUCAUUUCGGUGAUAAUUGCCUUGACGAUUGUACAUGCAACUUUGAGAAUACAGCAGACUGUAAUCAUACGACAGGUGUAUGCAUGUGUAAACAGGGAUGGAGCGGCGGCGAAUGCACGGAAGAUAUCAAUGAAUGCAUAGAAACUCAGAGUAUAUGUGACAAAAAGGCUAAUUCCACAUGCAAAAAUACCAUUGGUUCAUUUAUUUGCGAAUGCAAUUUUGGAUUUAUAGAUGAAAACAAUAAAUGCGAAGACAUAGAUGAAUGUCUAGACGAACAGAUGAACACUUGUCAGCAGGUCUGCUUGAACACACCGGGAAGCUUUAUGUGUGAUUGUAAAACAGGUUUUAACAUGCAAAAUGAUGAAUGUAUAGACAUCGACGAAUGUGAUGAAAAGAAAGGGAUUUGUGAUCACAGUUGCAAUAAUACUUUGGGUAGCUACAAGUGUCUAUGUGACACUGGAUUCCAACUGUCCACGGACGGGAGAACAUGCGAGCCCUGUGACAUGUGGAAUUUUGGCUUAAACUGUGAAUCAGAUUGUACUUGUAAGUUUGAAAACUCCGAGAAGUGUGAUGCGACGACAGGAUUUUGUACAUGCAGGGCUGGAUGGAAUGGAACUAAAUGUGAAAGUGACAUAAAUGAAUGUGUCAAUGGUACUGUGUGUCCAGACAACUCGAGUUGUAAUAACAUCAAUGGAAGUUUUGUUUGCGUCUGCAACGAGGGCUUUAACAAAACAGAAUUAGGAGAAUGUCAUGAUAUCGACGAAUGCGAGGAGAAAAAUAACACUUGUUCCCAAGUUUGUUUAAAUACAGCCGGAAGUUUUGAUUGUAGCUGCGAAAAUGGUUAUUUCUUAGACGGCGAUAACAUCACUUGCCAAGAGUGCCCCAUCUGGACCUUUGGUGACAACUGCCUGUAUAAUUGCAAUUGUAACAAAACAAACACAGAAACAUGUGAUGCUAAGACAGGAACAUGCGUGUGUAUAGGGGGUUGGAAUGGAACCGGCUGUGAAAACGACAUAAAUGAAUGCGAAAAUGAAACAACUUGUCCUAAACACUCCAUGUGUAAUAACUCCGAUGGAAGCUAUAAUUGUACUUGCAAUACUGGUUACCGAAUGAUGUUUGAUGGAAACUGUGAAAUAUGUCCAAAAGGAAGAUACGGAUUUAAUUGCAGUAGAGACUGUAAAUGUCAUAAACUAAAUUCGAAAUCUUGCAAUCACGUCUUUGGGAAUUGCACUUGCAAAGAGGGUUGGAUUGGUUCGUCUUGUUCUGAAGAUAUAGAUGAAUGCGAAGAAAACUCGACCUUGUGUCAGAGCAUAGAAAACUCAACUUGCGAGAAUACGAAUGGGUCAUACAUGUGCAGAUGUAAUGAGGGGUUACGUGAACAAGGAAACAUAUGUACAGAUUGCGAUAUAUGGAAAUAUGGACAUGAUUGUAAAUCAAAUUGUACAUGUAAUAUAUCAAAAUCUGAAUACUGUGACCCAGUUAACGGGGUUUGCACUUGUAAAGCUGGUUGGAACGGAGUAAACUGUGAAAAUGACAUAGAUGAAUGUAAACAAGAAAAUAUUUGCCCAGACAAUUCAACAUGCGAAAAUUCCCUUGGAACUUUUAACUGCAGAUGCAAUAAAGGUUAUCUUACCAUGGAACUUGGUACUUGUAAAGAAUGUGGUGAACGACACUAUGGUGACAACUGCAGCGAAGAAUGCAUGUGUAAUUUUUAUCAUACAAAAACCUGUCAUCAUGUAUCAGGCAAUUGCUCAUGUAUUCCGGGAUGGUCAGGCAGAGACUGCUCUGACGAUGUUGACGAAUGCACAGAGGACAGUACUACUUGCAAUACGAAAAUGAAUUCUACCUGUGAAAACAGCAUUGGUUCUUUUCAUUGCACAUGCAAUGCUGGCUUUCGGGAACAGAAGGACAUGUGCUUACAAUGCAGUGACAAUACUUAUGGUACAAAUUGUACUGGUCAAUGCAACUGCCAUGCCAAGAACUCAGCAAAUGAGGUCCAAACAUGCGAUAUUGUAACAGGAAUUUGUAAUUGUAAAUCGAACUGGAAAGGUGACACGUGUGAAGAAGAUGUUGACGAAUGUGAAAAAGAUGGCACGCUUUGUAGUGAGGAUGAGAAUGCAACUUGUGUUAAUACUGUAGGGUGGUAUCGAUGCGACUGUAAAAGAGGAUAUGAGAAACUAACAGGCGACAAUUGUGUAGCAGGUAUUCCCACAACUACGCUAAAGCCAGAUUCGGCGAUGCUGAUUGUAGCAGUUGUUACAAUCGAGAUAGAUCUUCCUGUUGGAACUAACCUCAACGCCGCUAGCGUAUACAUCAGCGUUGCAAAUAAGCUUUUGACAACAUUGCGUGAAUAUUUUAAACGAUUUACGGACGCUCUAUUAGAGUUUUUCAUUACCGAUAUAAGUGUAGGUAGCAUCAUUGCCUAUUAUUCUGUCCGGUAUGGUACGGCUGAUAAAAAUGUUGCUACCAAAGUAGUACAGGCAAUCAUCGAUCUGCAUAAGGGUACUGAACUUGUAUUUGAUGGACGGACUGUCAGCGCUACGUCAGAUUCUUAUAAAGAUAUGGCGCCAUGUGAGAUCCUGUACACGAUUAUUGAAAGUUGUGGAGAAGGGUAUACAUGUAAUGUGGAAAAUGAUAUUCCAGUCUGUAGCCUACAGACGGAUCAGUCAAAUGUAAAGUGGCAAUUAGUCAUUGGCCUGUCGGCUGCUGGACUGUUUACUCUGAUCGUUGCUGCGUUGUUAGCUGUGUCUGUACAUAGACUCAGGAGAAGUAGAAAAAAUAAGGGGAACAACUAUUUUGAACGAGAAGAUCGUAUGGACCAAACUGGACAAAGAAGAGAUGGCGAAGCAUCUGGAUUUAACAGAUAUUUCAGUUGGAAAGAUGAUAAGGGGGUCAAUGCAGGAUUAAGAUAUCCAGCAAUGGGGUAUCGGUUGCCCAGGCUCACGGUACCUGAGAAUUUAAGAGGAAGUAACCGGCGAUUUAAUAGUUCGCUUGCAGAUUCAACUGUUGCCUCAAGAAAUUCACGUGCAAAUUGGUUUUAAAGAGGAUAUCUUUUAAGACUCAUAAUGGUGUCAGACCCUUCUGAGACAUGUGGUUCUUACGAUGUUGACUCAUGUAACAUUGCAGUUACAUUUGUUACUGUUACUUAAACGAUAUAUAAUUUCAUCAGUUUUUUCCAUAGUGUUUAAGAUUUGUCGUUGUACAUAUGACAGUAUCGUUAGUGUCCUUACUUUGCAAACAAUAUUUGUAAUGGUCAAUAAUGCUUAUAGUAGAGUAUUUAGCCAGAUAAAAUGCAUCAACAGAUCAUUUUUGAAGCAAUUUCUUAUUUCCUUGACAAUUGCUAUUAAGAGUAAUGUCCAUGCUUCGAAGAAAAAAGUUGAACAUCACCAAAUCACAGAACAAAAGCAUUGUUCUACAUGAAAAUUAAACAGCAUGUAAAUAUGUAUUUUUUUCUACAAAGGAAUUAUCAAUAAUUGCUCAUAUAUGUAUAGAAAUCUGGAAAUGGAUUGCAUGAAGGGACCAGUGUUCCGGACAGUUCAGUUUAAAAAGAUGUUUACAUGUCUUCGUUUUGAUGCAUUUGUAACAACGUACGAGUGUUUAAACUUUACAAAACUUAGUUAAAAUUGUUUUUUAUAAUAAUUGUUUACAUUUAGUUUUUUAUACAUAUAUAUUUUGUUCUUUUUUAAAGGGAGACAACUCCUUCUAAAGUAUCCAGUUCUAUUGGACAGAACAGUAAAAAUUUUAUUUGACAGAGUAGAAAAAUAUUGUCUAGAUGCUGUUUGUUUACUACUAAUUUUUGUUGUUUUGUGAUAUAUACCCUUUCAUUGGUUUUAGGUAUAAAGGGUCAGUUUUCAUUGAAAAAGCUUUUGAUUUAUAUAUGUCAUAAAUAUAUAGUUAGUUUUCUGUCGUUGGUAUUUUUCUGUAAAACAUGUCUUUAAUUUUUUGCUGAACGUAGUACUGACACAAAUAAAAGUUAUAUGGCAACCUCCAAGCUUUUCGUAGUGGAGAAAUAUCCCAGGUGUACUUUCUGGGCACUGUAUCAUCAUUGGCGAGCACCAUGGUAGAACCACCGACCUAACGUCAGUUAGCUGAAUUACUCAUUUUACAUAAUUCUACAACCCAAGGGAGGCUUGAACCCACACAGUUGACAGGCAAGUGAUUCUUACCCACUAAGUCACGGCGGCCCCUUCUCUUAUACUUACCUGAAUUUUACGACGGUUUAUAACUAAAAUAUAUUUCCGUUACAUGUACUUAAAAUUAUAAAACAACUGUUCUAUUGAAAAAAAGAAAUACUGUAUAAUAUCAUUGUAAUAAAAUAUUAUUUAAGAUUAAUA